CAAAUCUAUAAACCGGGAUGUGUAACUCUGUGCCGUAGCCAGCCAACAGAACUAUUCUACAGCAGCUUCCAGUGGGUAAUGUAUCCUCUACUCUAGAUUAUUGUAUGCUUGUCAAAUACAUCAUUUUAUUACCAUUGUGCUAGUAGGACAAGGUCAUCAAGUGCCUUAAGUAAGCGAUACAUUCUAAUAGAGAAGCAGAGAUACAAUGUGCCAGACUACAGAUGGCCUGAUAUCAAAUAUUUGGAUUGGAUCUUUAUUCAAUACAAAUAUUAAAAUAUUCUGCAUGAAUGUGACAUAACCUACUAGAAGAGAAAUACAUUUUGUAAAGGAAUAGAACUUUCAUAAUCUGCCCAGGAGAUUUGCACAAAUGUGUAGCAGCCAUCAUUUUAUUCUUGUACAUUGUCUAAUCAGAAACAAGUUAUCUGCAAUAAAAUUGAUCACUGCUACUUUGUACUUUAGAGUGUGAUGGCUGUGGGAAAAGGGCAUUAUCUCGCUAAUUGCGAGACAAUAUCUAUGGAGGCUCCCACGGUCUUGCAGGAUCGUCUACAGCCAUCAGUGCUGUACUCAUGCACAUAUGUGACAUGGGCUCUUGUUGGAUGGAGUACCAAGACCUUAAGAAAGAAGAUGGCAGCCCCCAUGGCAUGCAGCGUUGGGUUAUAAGGUCUCACUUGCACUCAUGGGACACAGCACACCAAGUGACUGGUCUCUCAGGGGUCCCUUUAAUGUGUGCAGCAUGCUGGGAGGAAAUGACUACCUGUAACUUCCUUGCAGUUUACAGACUGCAAGAGCGAAAACAGAGCAGGCACCUAGAGGAAAAAAGGGAGCACUGCAGGCAGCAAGCCUCAGACUCUCAUCAGCAGCUCCAAGCCCCAUAAAUUGCAAUUUGUGUGGGUGUGUAGGUAUGUGUAUCUGUAGGCAUUUGUGUGUGUGUGUAGGUAUGCACGUGCAUUUGCAUGUACUACUUUGUUUCUGUAUCUGUGCAUCUGUAGGUUUUAUGUUUGUGUAUGUGUGUUAGUUUGUGUAUGUGUAGGCAUAUGUUUGUAUCUGCGUAUCUGUGUGUGUGAAUGUAUGUGUAAGUAUGGGUACAUGCAGGGCUGUAUUUACCACAAGGCAAACAAGGCAUUUGCCUUGUUGUAAAUACAGCCCUGUUAAACUGCUAAUAUUCUAUCCGGGUGGUGAGGGAGUGCUGUCCUCCGCUCUUCUUGCUCCCUUGCGCUCCCUUCUGUGAUGCCAAGAGGCAGAAUAUGACAUCACUCUGGUCCUGGCAUCACUAAGCGCUGCAGAUGGAGCAGAGCAAUAAGAGCUCAGCUCUCUCGCCGCCUCCAUUGAGCGCCAACAACCCCAUUAGAGUCAGCAGAGCCAGCCCAGUCAGCAGCCCCAGCCCAGUCAGCAGCCCCAGAAGAGCCAGCCUAGUAAGCAGGAGCCAGCCCAGCAGCUGUCAGGCACAACAUCCACUCCAGUUCUCCCAAGUAGGUAGGGAGACUGGGUGGAUUUAAAUUUUUAAAAAGUAAUAAUAAAUUGUGAGUGUAAUGAGUGUAUGAGAAAAUGUGUGUGUGUGUGUGUGUGUGUGUGUGUGUGUAUAUAUAUAUAUAUAUAUAUAUAUGUGUGUGUGUCUGUCAGUGAGUGUGUGUGCGCGUAUGUAUGUCUUUGAGUGAAUGCAUGUAGCUGUCAGUGUGAGAGAGAGUGAAUGUGUGUGUGUCUGUCAGAGUGUACCAAAUCAGUGAGGAUGUGUGUGUCAGUCAGUGUAUGUGUAUCUGAGAGUAUGCGUCUGUCACUGAGUGUGUGUCCCAGUGAAAGUGUGUGUUGGUUAAACAGUGUGUGUGUACCAAUGACUGUGUAAUCGGUCAGUGCAUAUAUCAAUGUGGGUGUGUGUCUGUCAGUCAAAAAAAAUGGCCCUGACAUAAAUUGGUGAGGCAAAAUUUAGAUUAGGGGGGUGCCGUAAUUUAGUUGUGUCUAGGGCAGCAAAAUUCCAAAAUACACCACUGGGUACCUGUGUAUAUAUGUGUGGCCGCAUAUGUGCAUACCAGCAUUCAAACAUCAAAAACUACAUACAAAUACACUCCUACUAUCAAGUACUACCACUACAUAAAAACACAUUCCUGUAUUAAAACACCAACAUUAUAAACAAACACCCAAACUACACACGUAUAGACCCCUGCAUUCAAACACCAACACUACAUACAAACACACCCUACAUUCAAACGCACUACACACGUACACCACUGCUUCUAAGUAGCAACAGUGCAUAUUAACACACAACUACAUUCAAAUGUCAACACUAUACACAACUAAACCCCUUCAUUUUACACACACACUCUCUCUCCCUCAGUAAACAUGCUUACAUUCAAACACACAAAAACCUACUCACAAGUAAAACCCUGCAUGGAUGAACAAAUGGUUGAUCCCCAGCUGACAAUCAUGGGUUAUGUACAACACAUGGGAAUCUGUCUUUUGACUACCCUUGUGCUUGAAGAAGGGGGGCCCAAAAUAAUUUCUUGCUCCUGUCUCCAUUAGUCCCGCCACUUCCAGCUCUGCUGAACGCCUGUGUCGUCAAGCGCUGGCAUGCAGCAUGGUAUACCAAAGUCCUCUCCCCCAGCUAAUAACAACCUUGAACCUCCCACUACACGAGAUUUGGUUCUGGAUCCGACUCUGCCCCCUCACCCUAUUAUAUACCAUUAACCCCUUAAGGACCAAAUUUCUGGAAUAAAAGGUAAUCAUGACAUGUCACACGUCAUCUGUCCUUAAGGGGUUAAAGAAUGUACUGUGGUGGUAAGUAAUAAACAUACUUACUAUGGCUGCACUUGAAGGACACCCCAUGAUACCUACGGUGUGUUCAAGCACAGUCAGGAACUUGCAGAGAAUGGUUUUAUAAGUACAUGUGAGCUCAGUCAAUCCUUCAAUACUGUCUUAUAUGUGCACAGAAGUGCCGGGGUUAACUUAAAUUGCAUGUCGUGCCUGACAGCCAGACAGAACAUGUAAAUCUGUAAAUGAAACCAUAAAAUCUUGUGAGAAUUUUAAAAACAAAUUGCACCAUCCAUAGCUAAUGUUCGGUUAUUUACUGGCUUUUGAAUAACUCUGCGCUGACAGUUCUGCUUUAAAAGCACCAUUUAUAUAAUCACUAAAAUUAAGGAUCCUAUAUAACUUUAAAUGAAUACUAGUGUUAGAAAUACAAACAUGUAUUCCUGACAUUAUAGUGCAGGAAUCGCAGUUUAGGUCACCAGCCCCCCUCCAGAUGGGGAUUAAAGGUUUAAAACUGACCUUUUCUCACUCCCUGCAGCUGGCCCCGCCUGGUGUAUGGCUGAGAUGAUCAAUCUUAAAGGACCACUCUAGGCACCCAGACUACUUCAGCUUAAUGAAGUGGUCUGGGUGCCAGGUCCAGCUAGGGUUAACCCAUUUUUUCAUAAACAUAGCAGUUUCAGAGAAACUGCUAUGUUUAUGAAUGGGUUAAGCCUUCCCCUAUUUCCUCUAGUGGCUGUCUCAUGGACAGCCACUAGAGGCGCUUGAGUGCUUCUCACUGUGAUUUUCACAGUGAGAGCACGCCAGCGUCCAUAGGAAAGCAUUAUGAAUGCUUUCCUAUGUGACCGGCUGAAUGCGCGCGCAGCUCUUGCCGCGCGUGCGCAUUCAGCCAACGGGGAGGAGAAGAGCUCUCCGCCCAGCGCUGGAAAAAGGUAAGUUUAACCCCUUUUCCCCUUUCCAGAGCCAGGCGGGAGGGGGACCCUGAGGGUGGGGGCACCCUCAGGGCACUAUAGUGCCAGGAAAACGAGUAUGUUUUCCUGGCACUAUAGUGGUCCUUUAAUGAUCUCAGCCAAUCUAAUGCUUUCCCAUAGGAAAGCUGCUUCAAUCAGCAUUUCAUGCUUGAGAUGCAUUGUAUUAAUGCAGCAGUGGACUAGGAAACACCUCUAGUGGUCGUUUGAGUGGCUGUACUGCCUAGUAGGCAGCAAUGUAAACACUGACAUUUCUCUUAAAAGGCAGUGUUUACAGUGCAAACACUGCAAGGACAGACUGUAGACACCAGAACCACUACUUUAACCCCUUAACGCCGUUACGGCGUUCUAUGCCGUCCCGCAUUAAAUGUGCUUUAAAGCCGUUGCGGCAGCAUAGAACGCCGUAACGGCUUGCAGCCCCAAGAGGUGAGAUUUAGUCACCUCCGCCGCGAUCCUCUUCUGGAGGGCUGCCUGACAGCCCAGGCACCCUAUAGCUGGCUGUGGAUCUGCCAGCAGGGGGACUGCCUGAAAUGUCAGACAGUCCCUGUGCUGGUGAAAAAAAAAAAAAAAUAUUAGACAAGUUUAAAAUUAAAAUAGAAAUGCAUUUAUAUAAUAUAUAUAUAUAUAUAUAUAUAUAUAUAUAUAAAACAUAUAUAUAUAUAUAUAUAUGUAACGUCAUACGUAAUGUAUUUUAAUAUUUAUAUAAGUACAUAUAUUAGUAUUGAAAUACACUUAGAAUGACGUUACAUAUAUAUAAUAUGUAUAUGUAAUAGAUAUAUACACAUAUAUUAUAUAGAUAAAUACGUAUAAUUACAAUAAUAUAUAAAAUAUUGAAACAAAAUUUAAUAUAAAUUAUAUAUUCAUAUGUAAUUUCAUUCUAACUGUAUUUUGUUAUUAAUAUAUAUAUAUAUAUUGGUAACAAAAUACACUUAGAAUGACAUUCUAUAUCUAUCUAUAUAUAAAAUACAAAUAACCGCAAAUAUAUAUAUAUAUAUAUAUAUAGAUAAAUACAUAUAAUUACAUAAAAGUUACAUUAGUAUACACGUAGAAUUUAAAUACCUAUAAAUGCAUAUGUAUUAAAAUUCUACAUGUAUAUUUAAGUAAUCUUUUAACAUAAUUAUGUGAUUUGAUUAAUUAAAAUUUGAUUGACAUGCUGACAACACAGGGAGAAAGUGCAGAGAAUUUAAUUCGCAAGCACUAUAUUUGACCCUGUAACUCUCCAAGACAACAUAAAACCUGUACAUAGGGGUACUGUUUUACUCGGGAGACUUCGCUAAACUCAAAUAUUAGUGUUUCAAACUGGUAAAUUGUAUUACUACGAUGAUAUUUUAAGUAAAAGUGACGUUUUUUGCAUUUUUUACAAACGAACUGCACUUUUAUGGACUAUAUUAUAGGGUUUGGUAGCCCAGGAAUGAGAAUUACCCCCAUGAUGGCAUACCAUUUGCAAAAGUAGACAACCCAAGGUAUUGCAAGUGGGGUAUGUCCAGUCUUUCUUAGUAGCCACUUAGUCACAAACACUGGCUAAAUAUUAGUUUUUUGCUAUUUUUUACCCAAAAACAAAUAUGAACGCUAACUUUGGCCAGUGUUUGUGACUAAGUGGCUAUUAAAAAAGACUAAACAUACCCCACUUUCAAUACCUUGCGUUGUCUACUUUUUCAAAUGGUAUGCCAUUAUGGGGGUAAUUCUCAUUCCUGGGCUACCACACCGUCUCAAUGGUAACAUUACUAAUCUGGCAAAUUUCAAUUUGAAAAUGAAACGUUCUAUAUUUGACCCUGUAACUUUCCAAAACACCAUAAAACCUGUUAAUGGGGGGUACUGUUGUACUCGUGAGACAUCGCUUAUUACAAAUAUGUGCAUUUUUUUGCAGUAAAACCUAACAGUAUUAUGACAUUCACAGCUAAAAUGUGAGGCGGAACUACAAUUUUUUUUAAAAAAUUCUCACAGUUUUUUUUAUUUUAUUCAUAAUAAAUUAUGUUUCAUAGCUAAAUAUUUGAUAUGAAAUUAAAGCCAUGUUUCUCCUGAACAAAAUUAUAUAUAAUAAGUGUGGGUGCACUUAAUGUGACAGCGGUGAAUUACGGGUGAACAGACAUAUAGCGCAAAUUCCAGUUUUUGUUUACGUUUUGUUUUGAUCAGAACGUGCACUAUUGACUCCGUCCUGAAGGGGUUAAGCUGUAGUGGUUCUGGUGACUAUAGUGUCCAUAAAGAAUCCUUAUUUUGCCAGAGAAAUGUAAAUUGAAGAUAAAAGUAUUUGAGCUGAAGACAAGUUUAGAGAAGGUGUCCAUCUUUGAAAUGUUCCAAACAAAAUAACUCUGGUGCUCUGCUGCUUUUUCCUGAAGAUGGCACAUUUUACAAACAGAGCCUGUUGGGAAGCUUUUUAAACAGGAAGUGGACUGACAUAAAGAAGGCACCGAAAAGCAUAAACAUUUCACUUGCAGUAUUUGCAGAUUACAUGAUUAGAAAUGCAUAUGUUGCUAUAUGGUGUUGUUAUAGGGGCACUAUAGUCACCCAGACCGCUUCAGCUCAUUGAAGUGGUCUAGGACGCAAACUGCCAUCACCCUUAACCCUAGAGUGGUAAUUAUUGCAGUUUUUCCAAACUGCAAUAAUUACUUGUUAGGGUUAAAGGACCACUCUAGGCACCCAGACCACUUCAGCUUAAUGAAGUGGUCUGGGUGCCAGGUCCCUCUAGUAUUAACCCUUUUUAAAUAAACAUAGCAGUUUCAGAGAAACUGCUAUGUUUAUAAAUGGGUUAAUCCAGCCUCUAAAGCCUCUAGUGGCUGUCUCAUUGAAAAUCACAGUGAGAAGGCGCCAGCGUCCAUAGCAAAGCAUUAUGAAUGCUUUCCUAUGAGACUGGCUGAAUGCGCGCGCAGCUCCUGCUGCUCAUGCGCAUUCAGCUGAGGAGGAGGAGAGCUCCCCGCCCGGCGCUGGAAAAAAAGGUAAGAUUUAACCCUUUCCUUGCCAUCCAGCCCGGCGGGAGGGGGUCCCUGAGGGUGGGGGCACCCUCAGGGCACUAUAGUGCCAGGAAAACGAGUAUGUUUUCCUGGCACUAUAGUGGUCGCUUUAACUCCUCCUCUAGGCUGCCUACCAGACAGUCACUAGAGAGACUUCAGGGCUUGAAGGCAACUUUUGGCUAUGCAUGAGGACUUCCAGCAUCACUGGAAUCCCCAUAAGAAAGCACUGAAUAAUGUUUUCCUAUGGCGAAAUCCUAAUGAGAGUAAGGCCACUGAUGCGCAUGCACAUUAGGUCUCUCCCACCGGCAGAUGUCAACGGGGGAGGAGCAUGGGCGGAGCUAAGCCAGCGGUGAGUGAUAUCGGCACUGGACCCAGGUUAGUGACAGAAGGGGUUAUUAACCUUUUAUGCACCACGGGGGUGUGCCUUGACAAAGAGGGAAGCUAUAGUGCCAGGAAAACGAGUUUGUUUUCCUGGCAAUCUAGUUUCCCUUUAAGACAUGUUAUCCAUCCUGAAAAACCACAUUAAACUAAAAAUACUGCAGUAAUGUGUGUUAGCUGAUUACACUGAAAGCACUGUCUAUAACUGGUACGCAUAUUCACAGUAAAUUUAUUUCACUCUGUUCUGAUAUAAAAAUAUAUAUAUGUAAAUUGUAAACAUUCAUUUCCAGUUAAUAAAAAAAACUAUUGUGGUUUUAUUUGUUAUAACGUGUAUUAUCAAGAUAUGUGCAAUUCUUGAUUUGCUGAAUAAACUCCAUAUGGGUUUAUUCACUAAACCUUGAAUUGUAUUAAAAAUCUAAAUGCAAAACUGGCCAAAUGAUCAGGGGUAUUUACUAAAGGGAGACUUCAAAGUAAAUUCCAAAUUUAAGAUUCAAAAAAAUAAAAAUAAAAAGUGAAAUUGAAAAAUUAUCUGCCAGCUUUGCUUUUCAGUUCAGCUACUCUGCCCACUGUAGGCAUCCAGACCACUUUAGCUCAUUGAAGUGAUCUGGGUGCACUGUCUCAUGUUCCUUAACCUUACAGUGGUAAUUACUGCAGUUUCUGAGAAACUGUUAUAAUCACCUCUCAGACUCCUCCUCUAGUGACUGUCUGCCAGACAGCCACUAGAGGGACUUCCGGGUGCUUAGACGACUUUUGGUCAUCUUAAUGGCGCUGGACGUCCUCACGCUAUGCAUGAGGACUUCCAGGGUCACCGGAAUCCCCACAGGAAAGCAUUGAUUAAUGCUUUCAUAUGGGGAAAUACUAAUGCGAGCGCGGCCAUUGCCAUGCAUGCGCAUUAGGUCUCCACAGCUGACGUGGGCUAAACCUGACCCAGCGCUGAGGGACAUCGGCACCGGAUUCAGGUAAGUGACUACCCCCUUCAGCACCAAGGGAGGGGGCACGGUAGGAGCCUAUAGUGACAGGAAAACAUCUUUAUUUUCCUGGCACUACAGAAUCUCUUUAAAUUUGAAAUUUACGUAAAACUUUCUUAAAAUGGUCACUUUAGUAAAGAACCCUAUAUGAUUAGAACUAAGAUUGAAACUUUUUUUUCCACUUCAGCCCUUUUAUCUUUAAUUGUAUCAGUUGGAUUUCUGUAGCCUGCACAAACCUGCUGCAACGAACGAAUCAGAAUCCUGUUAAUCUACACCUGAACAAAUCGAUCUGUCUAGGACUCUAUGGGUAAAUCUUGGAUGGAUGAGAUUGUCCCGACGUAUUUUUCAAUCUGAUUCGUUUGUCAUAGUGGAUCUGUGCUCAAGUCUAGUUUCCAGCUCACUGUAAUGGGAACCUACAGGGUUCAUUUUAGAGUAAGUGACAGAUGUAAUGCCAUGUUGGUUUAUUUUUUGGCAGAUAUUAUAAUUAUUGUGUAUCUUUAGUUAUUAGUUACACUCGAUGCUAUUCCAGCAUUUUUUUUUAACACAUGAAGUGAUUUGCCACCAAGGAUCAAAUUCCCUUCUCAGCAUGAAAUCUGCUGAAAUCAGUGUCACAUGAUUUGAUCAUGUGAUCAGUCUGUGCCACAGGAAGACAUAUGUACUUUCCAGUUUGCAGUAAACUGCUAUGUGAGACAGAACAGUCACUGAAAAGUAUCUGUAGGUCUACAAGAGAUUAACAGGCUGCAUGUCUAAUCAGGUUUUACUAACCUACCAAGAGGGGAAAUUGGUAAUUUAGUAUCCUGAUUUAUUAUAUGAAAUUUGAAACACCCUGUCAGGUCACUCUUAAAAUGGCUUUGAAUUGGGACUUAAUUGCAUUAUAAUAUAUUUUUAUGACUUUCUUUCUAAAAACAAACAAACAAAAAAAAUCAUGUUAAAUGUAUAAUAUUUUGCACUUAGAACCAUGACUUCCAUCAAUAUUGAGUGUGUUGUGAAAGAGCGCUACAGGAUUGGAGAAUCUCCAGUGUGGGAAGAAAAGGAAGGUGUGCUGGUAUAUGUGGACAUCACAGGACAAAAAGUUUGUAGAUGGAACCCCACAACUAACCAAAUCCAGAGAAUAUCCUUAGGUAAGUAGCAAAUCUUCCAACUGUUACAAAACAUGGAUGGAAAAAAAAGAACCCAGUUUAUCAUAACUAUUUAUUACACUUGUGCACGGUGAAAACGUCGAUGUAGAUGAACCACUUCAUCUGAAAAAGAAAAAUUGGUACAGUAGAAUUUCAUGCAUGUGGUGGUUUAGCUUGUCAGAAUUUCACCUGCCGAAAAAAAUAUCUGUGCAAAUAAAUCAGAUGAACCAAGAGAUUGCGAAAAUGCAGCAGUGUACUGCAAAAUAAAUAUACAAUAUAAAUAUUCUGCAUAUAUUUUGCAGUUCAAUAUUGCAUUUUCCCACCAUUUGGUUCAUAGAUCAAGUGACAAAAGCAAAAGGGAGAAAAAGUAACAGUUAAAAAUCUAUAUUUAUUAAAGGACCACUCUAGGCACCCAGACCACUUCAGCUUAAUGAAGUGGUCUGGGUGCCUGGUCCAGCUAGGGUAUUUACCCAUUUUUUUUUAAUAAACAUAUGUUUAUAAAUGGGUUAAUCCAGCCUCUAAAGCCUCUAGUGGCUGUCUCAUUGACAGCCGCUAGAGGCGUUUGCGUGCUUCUCACUGUGAAAAUCACAGUGAGAAGAGGCAAGCGUCCAUAGGAAAGCAUUGUAAAUGCUUUCCUAUGACACUGGCUGAAUGCGCGCGCAGCUCCUGCCGCACAUGCGCAUUCAGCCGAAGAGGAGGAGAGCUCCCCGCCCGGCGCUGGAGAAAGGUGAAUGUUUAACCCCUUCCUCUCCCCAGUGCCGGAUCCAGAGCCUGAUUUCAGGAGGGGCACUUGUAGAUUAUUUAAAGAAAUAAUCCAGAUACAAUAACCACUACAGCUCAGUGUAGUGGUUAUGGUGUCAAUAGUGCCGGGACCCCCUCCCAAAGUAAGUAGUCAAACAACUUACCUGAGGUCUGCUGGGAAAUGGGGCAGUAGUAGGGCAUAGGAGCAGUGGUGUGUGAGUGAUGCAAUGUGUAAGGGGUGCAGUGUAUGUGUGUGAAGGGGACAGUGUGUGUGUGUGUGAAGGGGACAGUGUGUGAGCAGUGUGUGUGUGUGAAGGUUGUAGUGUGUGUGAGGGCGGCAGUGUAUGUCAGGGAUGCAGUGUGUGUGUGUGUGUGAGUAUUGCAGUGUAUGUGUUAGUGUGGGCAAUGUGUGUGUGUAUGGGGGCAGGGCAGCGUGUGUGUAUGGGGGCAAGGCAGCAUCUGUGUAUGGAGAGCAGUAUGUGUGUAUGGGGAGCAGUAUGUGUAUGGGGGGAGCAGUGUGUGUGUAUGGGGAGCAGUAUGUGUAUGGGGGGCAGUGUAUGUGUGUAGAGUGUGUGUGAUAAGGGUAGGGGGGCUUUUUUUAUAAUAUAUAUAUAUAUAUAUAUAUAUAUAUUUUAAUUUAAUUAAAAUAUAUAUUCUAUGUCCCCCCUCCCUUCUUACCUUUACUAGGGGGAAGGGGGGACGUUUCCCUGGUGGUUCAGUGGUGAUUCCCUGGUGGUCCCAGUGGGGAGAGUUCACUCUCGCGAGAUUUGGAGCGUUGGCGUGGUAAGCGUAGCAACGCUCCAAAUCUCGCGAGAGGAGGACCCCGGAGGAGCUGCAGGCUGAGCUCCCGGAUCCUCUCUCUGUGAUCUCCCCUCCAGUCUGCAGGCACAUUGCCGGGCUAGCACCUGCAUGUGCUGGCAGGGGAGAGGGAGACCGUCGGAAUUCUCGGGGGGGGGGGGCCAAUUGCCCCAUUGCCCCCCGUAUCCGCCAUUGCCUCUCCCCAGAGCCCGGUGGGAGGGGGUCCCUGAGGGUGUGGGCACCCUCAGGGCACUAUAGUGCCAGGAAAACGAGUAUGUUUUCCUGGCACUAUAGUGGUCCUUUAAUUAUAGAAUAUUUCAAAAUGGGUUUUAUUUAAAAAUAAAAUUACUGCCCCUCCUUUUUUCCCUUGAUUGGUCAUUUUUUACUUGAUCUGUGAAUAAAACCUUCACUUGGUACUGUAUCUCAUGAAAGAUAUAGAUACCUUAGACAGAGUUCAGAGAAGGGCUACUAAACUGGUUCAUGGAUUGCGGGAUAAAACUUACAAGGAAAGAUUAAAGGAUCUUAACAUGUGUAGCUUGGAGGAAAGAAGAGACAGGGGGAUAUGGUAGAAACAUUUAAAUACAUAAAGGGAAUCAACACAGUAAUGGAGGAGACUAUAUUUAAAAGAAUAAAAAGUAUGCGUCGGAUAGACAUAAGGCUAUCCCAGCUAAAGGAUAAUGCCAGGGACUAAUAAAUGUAUUUAGAAAAUUGGGCAGACUAGAUGGGCCGAAUGGUUCUUAUCUGCCGUCACAUUCUAUGUUUCUAUGAUAGCUGUCCCUUUGCUGUCAAUCAUCUUUUUCUUUUUUUUCAAUUAAUCGGUACUCAGAAUCAUGAAUCAAACGAACAUACUCAUCUAUUGCAGUCAUUUGUUUUGUGCAUAGUAUAUAUGGAGGUUAAGAGAGCAGGAAUUUGUUUUAAAAGGUUUUUAUUUUUAAGUACAUAAAAUGAGCCCUCAUACAGCCAAUUGAGAUAUAAAAUAUUCGGUUGCUUACACAGAGGCAUAUUUAGGCAUCUUGAUAUAGUACUGAGAUACUCCAAGAAGCAGCUUUCACAGAGAUUCCAAAUUACAUAUGCUAUCAUAAGUAUAGAUAUAACAAAAGGUGAAGCGCUACAUACAGAUCGAAAUCCAAUUCUUUAGUUGUCACUCUUGUAAAACAAUGGUGUGUAAAUUUAUUUCUGAAAGAGAAAUUAAAUAUUCAUAGUGCAACACUGUAAAUUAAAAUUAUUACAAUCGUAGCUCUAUAUAACGAACCACUCACAUAUUACUGAGCUUACAGCCAAGCUCAGGGGUAUAUGCCUUCAGGUCCGUCAAGGCGACCUUUCCCCUUCUUGUAUCCAAAAAGCGACACCCACGUUGUGGCUAGAGCUCAAGCAGAAGUAUAUAUAGUGCAAUAUAGUCUGAAAUCCGUAUGGAUAUAAACAAUAUGUGUAUAUAUACUCACAAAUAUGGAGCCUCUCUCAUAGGCUCUUUUCCAGCGCGUUGUGUAGUUAAGGACUACACACCUAUAUAGCAGGAACCAAUAGCCCAAUAAAAUUAAUUCAAAUAUUUAUUGAGGUUUACUGAAUUUAAAAUUCUAAUGGCCAAUUAGAAUGCAUAAAAACAAAGUAUAUAUAAAAGAAAUAGUUGUAACAAUAAUAUUAAUUGUAUAAUAACAAUGGGCAUAAAGGUGAUGAUAUUAAAGUCCCCAGAACGCGUUUCGCCAAAAUACUAUUGGCUUCAUCAGUUAGGUCAAUAUAAUCCUCCUUCUAUCUGGAGUCCUGCUAUUAUACCUUAUCCUUGAUUUUGAGCACGGCGUUCAGCUGUCUUUUGGCGCGCUGGUAUUACCUCCUCUUCUCGUCCGGUAUUGCAUGCGUUCCAAGCCUCCUUCUCGUUGCGGUUCACUUCCGCGUGUGACGUCAUACGUCAAUCCUGCGUUCUCCCUUCACUCGACCUUUCCCAAGAAGGGGAAAGGUCGCCUUGACGGACCUGAAGGCAUAUACCCCUGAGCUUGGCUGUAAGCUCAGUAAUAUGUGAGUGGUUCCUUAUAUAGAGCUACGAUUGUAAUAAUUUUAAUUUACAGUGUUGCACUAUGAAUAUUUAAUUUCUCUUUCAGAAAUAAAUUUACACACCAUUGUUUUACAAGAGUGACAACUAAAGAAUUGGAUUUCGAUCUGUAUGUAGCGCUUCACCUUUUGUUAUAUGUAUAUGUUUGUGAUUAGUGUAUAAGGAAAGAUUACACAUGGUGAUACAGCAGCUAUUAUAUGAAUAUUGUUAUAUAAUGUGUGAUAAUUAGGUUUUGUAUAGAGCGCCAGUAUAUUACUAUUUUCUAUUUGUAUCAUAAGUAUAGAGCCACAGGCUACACAGUGCAAGGUGAAGAAUAAAUUAUAUUUAAUUAUGGUCCAAAUGUCAAAAGAAAGAUCAUCCAUGAUUAGGGCCUCGCGGCCGAAACUUAUUUUGUUUUGUCACCUGGACCAUAUUUAAAUAUACUUUAUUCUUCGCCCUGCAUGGUGUAGCUUGUGGCUCUAUACUUCUGGAUUUAUAUUGGGGUUAGAGGACCUCCCGCACAGAACUCCAGUUUAUCAAGACACUAGUGUGCAGUACUCCACUACUUGGUUAUAUAUCAUAAGGAAGGCAUAGAAAAAUAUGAUAUGCAUCUUGCUAAAAACAAUCAUCAACAAAUCAAGACAUCUGUCUAUACUUGGGUUCCAGUAAAUUAGAUAUACAGCGGUGUCUGUCAUUCAUAGUAUAGCUUGAUAGAAAAUAGUGAUAUAAAUUUGGCAACUUUGCAAAAAUGUAACCCAUAUUCAAACUACAUUAUCUUGGGGUUGUUAAUAUAUGUGCAAUACCGCUACACCAUGCAAGCUAGUAUGUAAAUACAAUGUGUGUAUCAGAAGUGUUCACCAACAUGGCGGCAGAAGCCAGGGACGCCACAGUGGGAAAAAAAGGGGUUUAAACUAAAUUAAAGUGAGCUGCAACCUCACUGAGUGCCACCGCCAUUGAUAGUAUAAAAAUGAAAGCAAGCACCCUGUGCUGUUGUAGAAUAGAUACAAAGUGUCGACUUAAAGGACCAAUAUAGUGCCAGGAAAACAAACUCGUUUCCUGGCACUGUAGGGUAUUAGGGUCCCCCCCACCGUCAAGGCCCCCCUCCCGCUGGGCUGAAGGGGUUAAAACCGCUUCAGCCACUUACCUUAAUCCAGCACCGGGCUCCCUCAGCGCUGGUGACCUCUCCUCCUGCCAACAUCAAACUGCCCAUAGGAAAGCAUUACUCAAUCCUUUCCUAUGGACGUCCAGCGUCUUCUCACUGUGAUUUUCACAGUGAGAAUCGCGGAAGCGGCCUCUAGUGGCUGUCACUGAGACAGCCACUAGAGGCUGGAUUAAUCCUCAGUGUAAACAUGUUUUCAGCUGCAGGGUUAAAACUAGACGGACCUGGCACCCAGACCACUUCAUUGAGCUGAAGUGGUCUGGGUGUCUAUAGUGGUCCUUUAACUUGUGUUGAAAAUGAAAACGAACUCAGUCAAUUAACAUACUAAGCUGACAUACCUGAUAAAUAAAUGUGGAAGUAAUAACUUGUCAAACUCAUGUAUGUCUGAGCUGUCUUGUAUAUAUGAAAGUAUAGACAUGAGGGAGAGUAAGCUGGUUUUAUAUUUUUUUGCAUCUCUGUUGAAGGAUAUGUUGUUGCCCACUAGAGAGUAAUGGGUCGUGGCCUCAAGGGCAUAUAGAGGUAAAGAAAAGUUCAGCCAACACCCAGCAGAUAAGGGACAUUGCCCCAGUAGUGUUGAUUUAUAUAUAUUUCUUAAUUUCUCAUACUUUUUAUAUUUCAUUCAUAUUAGAUUAUGCUUGAUAUCUAAAUAUUUGAUGUGGAAUGAAGGCCCUGUUUCUCCUGAACAAAAUUAUAUAUUAUAAGUGUGGGUGCAUUUAAAAUGAAAGAGGUGAAUUAUGGUUGUUCAAACAUAUAGCGCAAAUUUCAGGUUUUGUUUACAAUUUGUUUUGAUCAGAACUUGUACAAUUGGCUCUGUCCUUAAACAGUUAACUCAAGUGUAACAUUUUCCUAAUGAGAUUAUUUCUAGAGAGAGUAUAAAACAAGGAUCCAAGCCAUAACAACAUGUAACACUUUAUAUUUUGUUUGACUACAAGGCUGCUGUUGUGUACAAACCUGCUUAAUGGGACACUCCAGGCACCCAGACCACGUCUGCCCAUUGGAGUGGUCUGGGUGCCAACUCCCACCACCCUUAACCCUGCAAGUGUAAUUAUUGCAGUUUUUCUGAUAGUAGUAAACUACAUUGUUUCUUCAAGACAUUAAUCACACAAUAAUUCUGUUUAGUUCUACUGUAUCCCGUACAUUGAAAAGCUGGUAAACAUAGAAACAUAGAAUGUGACGGCAGAUAAGAACCAUUCAGUCCAUCUAGUCUGCCCAAUUUCUAAAUACUUUCAUUAGUCCCUGGCCUUAUCUUAUAGUUAGGAUAGCCUUAUGCCUAUCCCACGCAUGCUUAAACUCCUUCACUGUGUUAACCUCUACCACUUCAGCUGGAAAGCUAUUCCAUGCAUCCACUACCCUCUCAGUAAAGUAAUAUUUCCUGAUAUUAUUUUUAAACCUUUGCUCCUCUAAUUUAGACUAUGACCUCUUGUUGUGGUAGUUUUUCUUUUUUUAAAUAAAGUCUCCUCCUUUACUGUGUUGAUUCCCUUUAUGUAUUUAAAUGUUUCUAUCAUAUCCCCCCUGUCUCGUCUUUCCUCCAGGCUAAACAUGUUAAAGGAACACUAUAGUCACCUAAAUUACUUUAGCUAAAUAAAGUAGUUUUAGUGUUUAGAUCAUUCCCCUGCAAUUUCACUGCUCAAUUCACUGUCAUUUAGGAGUUAAAUCACUUUGUUUCUGUUUAUGCAGCCCUAGCCACACCUCCCCUGGCUAUGAUUGACAGAGCCUGCAUGAAAAAAAAACUGGUUUCACUUUCAAACAGAUGUAAUUUACCUUAAAUAAUUGUGUCUCAAUCUCUAAAUUGAACUUUAAUCACAUACAGGAGGCUCUUGCAGGGUCUAGCAAGCUAUUAACAUAGCAGGGGAUAAGAAAAUCUUAAUUAAACAGAACUUGCAAUAAAGAAAGCCUAAAUAGGGCUCUCUUUACAGGAAGUGUUUAUGGAAGGCUGUGCAAGUCACAUGCAGGGAGGUGUGACUAGGGUUCAUAAACAAAGGGAUUUAACUCCUAAAUGGCAGAGGAUUGAGCAGUGAGGCUGCAGGGGCAUGUUCUAUACACCAAAACUGCUUCAUUAAGCUAAAGUUGUUCAGGUGACUAUAGUGUCCCUUUAAGAUCCUUUGCUGGGGAGGUACAUUAUUCUCAUUAUUAGUAGUUUGUUUUAUUUUGAUAUAUUUUUUAUAAUUAUUUUAUCUGGAUUUGAAUAUGUCUGUUUUAUCUCUAUUAUAUAGAUGCUCCUGUUGGUUCUGUUGGACUCAGGAAGGGAGGAGGUUAUGUUGUUGCCAUGGGUACAACUUUCUGUGCUCUAAACUGGGAAGACAAAAAAGUAACCACCCUUGCUCGUGUUGAUGAGGACAAGCCCAACAACCGCUUUAAUGAUGGCAAGGUUGAUCCAAAAGGACGAUUCUUUGCAGGUACUGCAUUUUUUCUGAUUGUUGUCUUCUUAUCAUGUGAUAUAGUGCCAACGGGAAGCAUACAAAGAGCUUAGCGUGUUUCACAACUGAAGUGGAAAACUAAUAAAAGGGGAACACUAAUAAGAUCUCAUAAUUUAUUACUUACAAAUAUAUAUAUACCACCAAUUGUUCCCCAGCAGUCGCUGAAGGUUAAAAAAGGCUGUGGGCAUACACAGGAGCGCUUCGUUCACAAUAUGCAGUGAUGAGUCUCAGUAUACAAUCCAAAGUACCACUCUGAACUGCAUAUUGCACUGCAUAUUGUGGACUAAGUGCUUGUGUGGUUAUUCUUACUGUGUGUGGAGCCAGGUAUUCUUUUUACCUUUAUCGACUACUGGAGUAUGAUUGGCAGUGUAUAUUUUUGUUUUUAUCUAUGUAAUGAAUUAUGAGAUCUUAUUAGAGUUCCCAUAUUUAUUUGUUUUCCUGUUUGGGUACCUUACUGUGGUAGCUACUAAGGUAUUGUCACUCACUGAUACAUGUUUUAGUGUUAUUUGUAAGUCCUAUAAUUAUAUAUGCUAAGGAAGCCUGGAUGUGUCUUAUGAGGUUUGGGUGGGCCCAGGGUAACUAAGAGACACACAGAGGGGCUGUGUGCCUUUGUCCCCCUAGUCCUCCUGUGUGUCUCUUUGUCAUCCCCGUAGCCCCUCUGUGUGUGUCUCUUUGUUGUCAUCCCCCCCAGCCCUUCUGUGUGUCUUUAUCCUCCCAGCCCCUCCAUGUGUUGCUUUGUCCCCUCAGAUCCUCGGUGUGUCACUUGGUUCCCACCAGCCCUCUGUGUCUCUCUUUGUCUGGUCUCACCCAGGCUGCAAAACAAUGUAGCACUGACCCUGUCUUGCCAUUUUCUCUUUCAUAAUAUUAUCAACUUUCAUUCCAGAGUGUAAUCCCAACUAAUCUCAGGCAGACUGACACAUUUAUGUACCAGUGCUGUUUUAAGAUUAAAGGAAGAGUAACAUUAGCACAUGGCCCUAAAAGUAAUGUAAUAUGAAAGAUAGAUAAAUAAUUGUGAAGUGUGCAUUAUGGUGAAACACUCCAUCUUUGUUCUUAUGGACUAUUUUCUCCAGAAAAUUACAUUUCCAUUAUGUUAUUCCCCAAAGUUAUAUUUAUGAAUCAUUUCUAUAUACUUUAGAUUGAGACUGUUUAUUAUUUUCUCAUUUGUAACAUUAUAUACGGUAAUGAUAUGCCCUUGACUUGUCUUUGUACUAAUCAGGUACCAUGUCCCAGGAAAUCCGCCCAGCAGUCGUGGAGAGGAACCAGGGCUCACUAUACACUCUCUAUCCUGACCAUACAGUGCUCAAGCACUUCGACCUAGUGGACAUUUCCAAUGGUAUAGAUUGGUCCCUAGAUCACAAAACCCUCUAUUACAUAGACAGCCUCUCCUAUACUGUUGAUGCAUUGGACUAUGAUGUGAAUACAGGAAAAACUUGUAAGUACUCCUUUAAUGAUUAUAUAAACUUUCCACAUGCCCUUCUUUGCUUCAAGCACACUGACCUAUGACAACAUAUAUAACCUGUAUCUGUGAAAGAAUCUGCAGGAGUGCCCAUCGAUUUUUUUUUUUUACAUUUGGAUACUAUUUAUAUGGUUGUGAUCUUGAGUGUAUUGCUUCUGGUAUAUUGUGGCCACCCAGACGAACACUUAGAAUACUGUGGUGGAUAUAGCUGUUCGGUUCCUGAACCAAAUAUAAAAUCCUACCAACCAAGUCUGUUCACAUAGUUUUUUUUAAAGGGCCCAUAGUCUUUUGGUAAGAGGCUGACCAGCAGUCAUGUCGAGACUCAGUUCGUCACAGAGGGUAUUUAAAAAUCCUUAACAUAAUAGAUUAAAAGCUUUUAUGAUCUGCUAAUUAACAUGUUGUUCCUCAAGUUGUUAGGCUGACUGCCGUUUCAUAAAAGGAAAUUGAAUAUAGCAUAUCUAUAAACAAUAUCAGGGCUCCACAAUCACCAUAUAGUUACCAAUUUCAUAGAGGUUGAAUCUCAUGAAUGACAGAGAUAGGAAAAACAGCAAUACAAAUUUUUUAGAGUGAUCAAUAAAAACAAUAAUAAUUAAACACACUCUCAUUAAGAAAUAGGCACGUUAAAAUCAAUGUGCAACAAUCACAAUAUUGCAGUGAUUGCCUAAAUAGGCUUUGACUGCAGUAUUUUCAUACCUCCAAACUGUCUCAGAUUCGGUAGGACUGUCCCACAUUUGGGAACCUGUCGUGCUGUCCCAGUUUGCUGAUAUCUGUAUUUGGGGACACUAGAUAAAUAUAUUGCGAGCAUGUCUAAUUAUGAAUAAGGCAUUGAGGUCAUGCUGAAAGAGCUUCAACAGUGCAGUGAGCAUGGGCAGCCAUGAGUGAGGCUGACAAGAAAGAUUGUCAGUCAGUCAGUCGGCCGCCAUGUUACCAAGUGAGCUCAGUCGUUGUCACCAAUCACCUUUCUGCCUCACUCAUGCUCUAGGAACCAUAAGUGAAUACUAAUGUUAAAUGAAUAUAUUUUCAAUGCUGUUUAGCAAAUAACCAGUGCACCCCCUUUUUAUAUAACCUGUUACAAUAUGUCAUUAAGUCUCACAGGAAGAAAAGUGCUAUAAAAACAUAAAUAUUUAGUGUGGCACACUAAGCACCAUAAACACUAUAGCUCAAUGUAGCGAUUAACACUAUCCCACGUUUGGUUGUUUUUUUUCUCAAGCUGUUGGGCACUGGUGUGAAUAAAACCUGGGCAUCCUCCGGCAACCAUAGCCUGCUCUUGAAUUUACACUUCCAUAUUACCAAUACCAAUUUCAUCCAACUUAGAUGACGAUGAUUGGCUGAGAGUGAUGGCAGUGGAAUAAUCCUCAUCCAAACAGCAUAUCUCUUUUGUAAUUUUGUGAAACUUCUUUUACAAUAUUCACAAUGUUUGUUCUUUUCUCCAGCAAACCGCCGACACCUCUAUCGGUUAGAAAAGGAUGAAGGGAUACCAGAUGGGAUGUGCAUUGAUGCCGAAGGAAAACUUUGGGUAGCCUGUUAUAGUGGAGGAAGGGUGAUCCGUAUCGACCCUCAGACAGGUAAGCUUUGCCUCGUAAAUCUUUUGUUUUUCAACUAUUUGUACAUUUGCAUGCUAAAGACAAAAAAACACUCAUUUAGAUGCAAUUUUUCUCUUUGGAUAAAAUAACCAGUUAUUGUUUGCAUAGGGAUAUACAUGACUAUCCUCAAACAAAGACCUUUAUUUAAUAUUGCUGGAUAAGCUUUACAAAUAGUUUAAUAUUUGUGGAUAAACUUUUAAAAUGAUUUAAUAUUACAAAAAAUAUUUAAUAUUUUUGGUUAUGUUAUUUUUUUUUAUCAAUAAUAUAUGUGUAGAUAUUUUUAAUAUGUUGAAAAAAAAAUAAUUUAAAACGUUUUUCCAAAAAUAUUAACUGAUUUGGAAAGCAACAAUUACGGUAUAAAUAGAGGCCUGGGUUUUAAAAAAUUGCGUCAUUUGGUUGGCAGAAAAAAAAAUUCCAUUGUAUAACUGUGGCCUUGAUUAAGUAUUGUUGGAUAAGCUUUCAAAAUGAUUUGGUAUUUUCGGAUAAAUGUUUGUUUAUUUAUUUUUUGUUUUUAAAUUUUUGUUGUGCCUAUGCAGGUCUCAAAAAUAGACAGCAUUAUUAUUCAUAUAUGUAUAGCUUGUGAUAACUAAAAGCAUGUUCAACACACGUUGAGACGAUAGCAUAUAAUAAACAGGCAGACUUUUGUCAGACAUGUAUGUGUCAAAGAUUAAGAUACAAAGCUAUAAUUAUAGGUCGCUUGCAUGCUGCUGUAAUGAUUAAUAUAAAAAAAAAAAAACUCCACUGUACUUUUAGAAUGAAAAAAUAAAAAAUAAUGAUUCUCCGCAUUUGAUAAAAUAUCUGCACGUCCAGAAAGCAAUUGUUAUCUCUUAGGUCGCGCUAUCUAGUUACAGUUUUCCUAGUGAUAUGUGAAAUGCAGCAAAAAGAUUAUAAUAUAAUAGUUAAAGAAUUGGGCUGAGGGAGCUUUUUGCAUAGAGCCAAGUCUGGGGGUAUAGCCAGUGAGCAAGCCAUGUACUGCAAGUCUAAGCUCACGGGAACUAAUGGAAGUUCUAUGCUAAAGCUUCUAGCUAUCUUGGAGACCAGCAAACGACAGACUGUAAGUUGUCAGACAGUUUACACUUUAAUUAUACUCUUGCAAGUGUCAGUGUGGUCUCCACUGCAUUGGGGGAAGGUAAAGCAUGUCUACAAAACAACUUAUUGUGGGUAGUUGUCUUGGUCCUGACAAAUGAUGUGCCUGGUGCCACCAAGUUAGAACUACAUACCGAGGUUUCUUUAAUAUAAUUUCCUACAUUAUAAAACAUCAGCAUAUCCUAUUAUUGCAAUACAUGUAAUUUUACUCUAUUCCAGGAAAGCGAAUUCAAACUGUGAAACUACCAGUGGACAAAACCACAUCCUGCUGCUUUGGAGGAGAGAAUUACUCGGAAAUGUACGUGACUUCAGCCUGUGAUGGGAUGGAUGAGGAAUUAAGCAAACGCCAACCCCAGUCAGGAGGCAUAUAUAAGGUACAUUUCUAUUUUUAUUGUAAAAUCUGAAUGCCAGUAUAAAUAUAUUGAAGUUUUCAGUACAUGUUGCAGUGAAUAUGGUGGUGUAUUUUAUUUUGUAGUGUUUUCCUCCAUGCUGUAUCUGAAAGAGUUUCCUUUAAAUAACCUGAGAUGGCAAUUCUGGAUAUCUUUUAAUCUAUUAGUUAUUUGUUGGCCUAUAUGCAUUCUAGAAUUCUUAGCUGUGACAACAUUCAGCUAGAAUAUUAAAGCUAUACAGGUAUUUCCAUAUAAUGACACUUAUUGACACAUUAUAUGAGGACAAGGCCGCCAUCAGUGGGUACAGCCAAUACAGCUGUAAGGGGCCUGGGUCCUAUAUUCCUAAUGUGUACAUAUUGACGUACACACUACGGCACGUCUUCACAUGUAUAGUGAAGAGGGGGCCCAGGAGACUUCAGAUUUCACCUCCAGCAGAGCUCCAGCUGUCAGUGUUGUCGCAGAUUACCAUGGCACUGCUCUGAUGCAGCAUACAUGAUGCAGGGGCUUGCGAGAAAGGAUGAGGCUACCCUAAUAGGUGUCUAAAACGUGCAUACCAGAGAGCACUUGACUCAGAUCGUACCAUGCUACUGAGUGGGGACACCCAUAAAUCAAUAAAGACCCCCAAGCAGAGUAUACGCCUAAUUGCAACUUAUGAUGCAGGAUGGGAAAAUAUUAAAAGUUCCCUUAGACGCUUCUGGCCACUGCUAACCAACGAUCAGCACCUUAAAGAAGUAUUGGCUCCUAAUGUUUCCAUCACAGCUAGGAGAGGCAAAAACUUACGAGACCUCUUAGCUCCAAGUCAUUUCAAAAUUGAAACUCCAUCCCCUACAACAUGGCUCCAGACCCGCCUGACCGGUACUUACAAAUGCGGGAGAUGUAUCUCAUGUAAAUUUAUGCAAAAAGAUUCCAAAACAGUCAAAGAUAGUUUGGAGAAAGAGGUUUUUACGUUAACCUCCUUCUUCAACUGUAAUACAUCAGGGAUUGUAUAUUUACUUACGUGCGAAUGCAACAAAAAAUAUGUGGGCAAAACAUUCCGCCCCUUUAAGAAACGCAUACAAGAACAUAUUAGAUCCAGUAAAUAUUCAGUUGAGACUCCCAUUUCCAGGCACCUUCGUGAAUACCAUAACAGCGACCCUAAAGGGUUACGCUUUUGUGGUUUAGAACUGGUCAAAAAGAAUCCCAGACGAGGCGACUAUGAUAGAUUCCUUAGGCAAAGAGAGUGCUUCUGGAUCUAUCGAUUGAAGACUCUGAGCCCUAACGGUCUGAACGAGGGUUUCUCCUUUUCUCCCUUCUUAUAACUAUUACAUAGAUUAACAUACAUUUCUGCCUGUCCUAAGGUGUGUGCUUUAAUUAAAAAUGUCUCAAAUAAUGAUUUAAUAUAGUCUUUAAUACUAUUUCCAAUUUCCCACUGGUUUAAUUCAAUUCUUUAUAUUUAUUUUUAUUUUUCUUUCUAUCACUUUAAUGACUUUUAGGCAGUCCUGUUGUAUGACAACAUUGAGAGCAGAAUUUUUCUUUUUCUUUUUUACAACUGCAAUUAUAUUAUACAUUUUAUAAUUUCCACAGGAUGCCUUGUUUCUUGUCUUUUGAGAUUGCACCGUUCUCAAGACUUGCCCUCUGAAUAUAUUAUAUCGUGAUACUAAAUUUUCACGCUGUUUUCUAACCGGCAGAUAUGCCGGAUCGAAAACACUCUUCAGCUCCUCCCCCUCCCGUGACGUAACUUCAGCCGUUCGGCCAUGACGUCACGGGAGAGGCGGGCACUUGCCCUUUAUAAACUUCAGGGAGUGAGAGGAUCUCCUUAUUACUUUUGAAAAAGGCACCACACAGCGCCGAAACGCGCGUCAAGUUUAAAGUUAUUUAGAAUCUUAGCCUAGUCAGCUGUACUCUUUACGUUUAUGUACGAAGUUAGAUUUAGAUCUAGGCGGAUCUCCUCUUCUACCAUCUAGAGCUAGAAGCUCAGUAUAGCGCCUAGUCAGUUUACCCUUUACCUUUAUGCAUUAAGUUGGAUUUAGAUCUAGGCGUUUUUUCUUCCUUUUUUCUUCUUUCUUCUUUUUUAUUACAUUUAGUCAGAAUAAUGAUUGACUAGCCUAGUUUAGUCAGCCAUCUUUCACUUUGCCGUCUGACUUUAGAUUUAGGUGUACACUUUGAGUGAGUAGCUCAAUAUAUCUAGAUUUUCUCUGCAUAUUUGUUACCCAUAUGGUUACUAUUUUUUAUUUCUUUUUUAUUUAUUUUUCGUUUUGGGCAGCAUGGGGCUGGGUAUUUGGGGAUGAGUUGCCUGUCGGCUGAGAACUAUGGUUACAUACCUGAUAAUAGUUUGCUACAAACUAGUAACAUAUCUCUAAUACUGCACUUUUUGAUCUAUAUCUGCAAGCAGCCCAUUAACUUUUGAACCAUGGGGCUGACUUCUAUAUAGAUGAUCUGAGGUAUCUGGGUAUCACCAUAUACAAGAGGAAUCCCUGUUUGAUUGUAUUUCUCUCUACUUAAAACAUAUAUUUCUGGUUCCAGUCUACCUCACUGUUAGUAGUCAGCAGUUUUCCCGCUCGAUUUUUCUACCAUUCCACUAACGGAUUUAUAUGCUUGCUACAAACUCCAUGGAAUUACACCCCAUCUAUUCGGUGUUAUCCCCACAAUAGGAGUUUGAUUACACUUUGUGCAGAUAUUUCCUGCUCACUAAGGAGCCUUUAGAAAUAUGUUACACUAUAGAUACAUGUUACUUUGAAUACAUAAGCUCACACUUACCUAUUGGCUUAUAGUAUCGUUUUUUCUCUCUACUUAGAACAUAUAUUUCUGGUUCCAGUCUACCUUACUGUUAGUAGUCAGCAGUUUUCCCGCUCGAUUUUUCUACCAUUCCACUAACGGAUUUAUAUGCUUGCUACAAACUCCAGGGAAUUACACCCCAUCUAUUCGGUAUUAUCCCCAUAAUAGGAGUUUGAUCACACUUUGUGCAGAUAUUUCCUGCUCACUAAGGAGCCUUUAGAAAUAAGUUACAUUAUAGAUACUCUGGUAUAACAUGUUACUUUGAAUACAUAAACUUACCUAUUGGCUUAUAGUAUCGCCUUAGAGCGAUUCAUAUCUGCCUGGCUGCCUCCUUUCUGUACCAUUAUAAUCUCACGAAUUAUGGUCCAUCCCCUCAUCCCGGACCCCAUGCAUUGUAUUUUACCUAAUCUCAUUUUUCAAUAAAGUAUUUUUUAUUUCUAUUUUUCAUUCAUUCUUUAUUUUAUUUACCUUUGCUUAACCAGGGGAUGUUAUAUAUACCCUCUUAGUGGGCAUACCCUUAGUUGAGUGUAUUGUGAGAGAUAGACGUUGGUUCUUCCCUCCAUACACCCUUAUCUUUGGGUACUUCUCUAUUGAUGAGGACAUUCCACCUGCUGGAGGUGGAAGCUGGUGUAUCCUGGGCCCUGUGUUUACUCUAUAAGGCCGCUGGCAGCUUGUACAAUGCCACCAUACCACCAUGGAGUGUAAUGUCACCCCUCCCUGGCCACAGGGGUGUUAUGAACGCUGGUAUCCCGAAUACCCGUUCUUCCAGACACUCCCAAAUCGGCUAGGGACUUUGUGGUUAUAGCCCUGUUCGCCUGGAGCGCUGAGUCGACAUAGCAAUCGCAUACCCAAACAUCAGUCGUAACUAGAUGAAGGGCACAAAAGGAAUGUUUUAUUCGGGCCAAAGGGCCGGCUUUUAUGCAAGUCUGAAUACAUAACACAUACCCACAGAAACUCCCACAACACUCAUGAACAGCUUGAGUUAUCGUGACUCAGCAGAAAUAUGAAAAUAUGAAAUAAUGCAUAAUAAACAUGUUCAAACCCCAACAUAUUUUACAUGACCUGAUAGCGGAAACACCACUGUGGCAACGAUUCAACCGACCGCGCAUGAGGUGUAUGCCUACAAUACUUCCAUAACGUUGCGGUCGGUCAGUUCGAAUGGUCGGCAAAUCGACCCAAAAAGGGUUUCUGUUCCCGGGGUUCAAAUGUAGCAAUGGCUCAACUGGGUGCUAAGAGUCUCCAUGCCAGGGCCGGACUGGGAGAAAAAUUCGGCCCGGGCAUUUUUUUAACACAGCGGCCCACUAAAAAGGGGGCGGGGCAGAGGAGGUGUGUUUUGUCAUCACCAAUGACAAACACGCCUCCUCUCAAAGUGAGCAUGUUGGUUCAAUGCUCUUCCAGGGCAGACCAUGCGCAGAGCUCUGCUGAAGAGCUCUAGCAUGAGAAAAAAGUCCUGUAUUUGUUCUGCACAGUGCAAGCAAAUUUAAUAACAUGCUUGCACUGUGUUUCCUUGCAACUUGUCUCUGGUGUCUUUAUAAAUGGAUACCAGAAGACAAAAGGCCAGGAAAGAGUAUUGUGCAUGUGUUUGGAGCCUGCUUGUGGUAUUGCGUGUGUGUAGAGUGAGCUGGUCGUGGUGUGGUAUUGUGUAAUAAGGUCGGUUUUAGUCGUGUUGUGUUUGUGGUGUAAUGUGAUGCAUAUGUGGCUCAGGGACCCCCUCCCGCCCGGCUCUGGAAAGGGGUUAAAACUUCCCUUUUUCCAGCGCUGGGACUGGGAGGGGGGAAGGCGGGGUACCCUGGUGGUCCUCGUGUGUGAGUGAACUCUAGCCUGUGAGGCUAGAGUUCACUCUCGCGAGAUCCGGUCGUUGCCAUGGCAACGCGCCAGAUCUCGCGAGAGGAACCCGGUGGAGCUGCAAGUUAGAGCUCCGCCGGGUCCUCUCUCCAGCCUGGCUGGCUGGAUCCCUCCCCGCCGGUGGCCGCAUGUGGGCCGGUCAGGGAGAUCCUUGAUCUCCCCACCGGCCCGUUGUGGCAAACAGCGGGGCCGGCGCUAGGAGAGUGCCGGCCCUGCAUAGACCGGCAGGGGAGAUCCUGGGACCUCCCCUGCCGGCCUCGACCCCACGGACACCGCGGCCCACCGGGCAUUUGCCCGGUUUGCCCGAUGGCCAGUCCGGGCCUGCUCCACGCCAAAUAGCACUCUCCUGGCAAUAUGGGAAAGAAGAGCAAAGGUCCAUGGAAGAUGCCCCGGGGAAUCGCGCGGUCGAGUGUCUGAUCUAGAAAACCAGACACUCGAUGACCAAGUCCCGCUGUUAUUAUCCUAGUGACAAGAUGGCCGCCAUUUUCUCUGGCACAUGGCGAACAAGUAUACGAAUGGCUGCCACCGAACAGGGCACUUAAAUACUUUGCUCCCAUCUGAAUAAUUGGGCCAAAAGGGACAAAUGUAUUUGGUAUCAAAGUCCAGAUACAGGGUUUUGUCACAGUGGGGGGUGGGGGGAAUAAACAUGAAUUUAAAAACAAACAAAAAAAACACAAAAACUAAUCACUACCUACAGAACACCCUAUCCUACCUCACAAAUUUACACACACUGUAUCCACUACACAACCACACACCCUGCAUCAACUGGACAAACACACACUAAAUCUACUACACACACACUCUACAUCCACUACACAAACAUACAUUCUGCAUCAACUAUACACACACUGCAUCCGUUACACAUAAACAUACUGCAUCACUUACACACACGUACUGCAUCUUUGUGGGCGGACUCAGGUGUGCAUCCUAAGGACAGACUCCUGUGGACGAGGACCCAGGCCUUGAGCUUUUUAAGAGGCCCCAACAUUUCUGACUGUAUCAUGUUAGUGCUGAUUUAAACAUUAUCUCUCUAUGUGUUAAGAAUGAAUAAACAUUUUAUUUUAUUUAUUUUUUUAUUGCAGAUUACUGGCCUUGGAGUUAAAGGAAUACCACCCAAUGAAUUUGCAGGUUAAAUAAGGAAAUAGCUGUUUUUAACAAGAAACAAACAAAAUUUCCAAAGAUCCUGGAUUUUAUAUUACAUAUAUUGUUUUACUCCUCACCAUUGAUUCUGAUUUAUCAUCUCAUGUGAUGCCUGCAAACAUAUAACAUUAAGUUGAACACAAUGUAUGAUAUGGAGGAAGAAGAAAUAAAACAAAUAGCCUGUUAUGAUUGUGGUUUUAAAUUGUAAAUAUUGUGAACAGGAGGAUCCAUAGUCUUAAGAGGGGCACGUGAAGGUUUAUUAAUAACACUGUGGAGGUUCAAAGUGACUUAUAAUGCACAUUACUGAUUGUUGUAUUGCUAUGGGUCUGUGCAUUGUCAAUGAGAGCAUAAUAGAGUUCCAUGGCAAUCACCGUCUCACCACACAGAUUACUGGACCACUAAACACUUAUGGGUAGACAUGGUGGCAAAUAAAAUGGUUGGUAAUUAAAGGACACAGUAUAACUCAAGGCACCCUCUUAUUUCCCUCAAUCCCUGUUCUUCUUCACAGUGUCCCCUUCUUAUUUCCUGCUGUGAAAUGUGGGCACAGCGGUACUGCAGGGAAAAAAACUGAGGGUGUGGGAGAAGGAACCCUAUGCUUUCUAUCGUUUUCAUUUAUUUAUUUUUGGUUGUAACGUUACAUAAGCCAAAAAGAUAAACUUGCAAUAGAGAUGCUACAGCACCGAGCGAACCCAAUAGUAACAUCAUGUGUGCAAGUAGUGGGGAUUUGUGUAUUAUGUAACAAAAAACAUAAUUGGUAAAAAAAAAAAAAUAGGCCACAGCUUUUAUUAAAAUUAUUUCACCAAUCACUAUUACCAAUAUUAACUUUGUAUCAAAUAUAUAAUAUCUUAUUAACCUUGAACAUAAAUACAAUAUAACUUAAAACAUACUACAGAAAUCCUUGCCAACCAAUUAGCAACCCAUCCUUGCCAACCAGAGGGAAGGAAAUGGACCCUUUUUAUUCCCCCCCCCCCUUGCCAAUUACCCACCAUUGACCACUCCCAGCCCCACCCCAUUACUCUCUCCUACACACACCCCACACUUGCAUAUACCCCUUGAUCCAGCUAGCUCUGCCUCAGGUUCUUGAAUAUAAUUCAACAAAUACAAAAAUGAAAAAGGUUUAGGUGCUACGAUUACCUUGUGUAGGCUACCCAACCACACACAAAACACAGUGACUAAAACUGGUUAAAAAUAGUAGUGAGAGCACACGUGAUAAGUAUAUGUAUAAAAAUACAUAUAAUAGUAACCAUAUAAAAUUGCAGUGAAAACACACUCAAAGAGUGUAAGUAUAAAACACACACAUGCAAUUUUUACCAUAGAUUUGAUAACCUAGAAUAUAAACAGAUAAUAGACCAUUGUGUAAUCUGUAUACAAUGAUAUAAAAACAUAUAAACACAAAAGGGUACCACUCACAUAUUGCUGUGCCACUUAAUAGUAGGCUCAGACUUUCAACGCCUUUGAUGUUAAAUGUUGCUGAGAUCAGGUACUUAGGAUUCCCACAGGAUACUGAAUUUUCAACACUUGAUUUGUGAAAACAAAUAAAGGUUAACAGAAAGUAACUAGGAAAAUGUAUUAAAUAAAAAUUGUAUAAAAGCUUAACGAUCUCCACUAUACAACAGCACUAAUGCGUUUCAACAAUAAAUGUCCUUCUAUAAGUGCUCGAUCACUUAUAUAAUUUCUCAAGAGUUGAGCUAUUCUGAUGUCUUAGGUUCCUUUUCUCUAUGUACAUAUAUGAGUUUUAAUGGUUUGAUUCUGUCUAGAAAGUGUGUAUGUGUGUCUGUCCACACACACGUACACACAGUAUACCAAUGCCUCUCGAUUUCCAAUCAUCAUAAUGAAAUAACCAAAUACACAAACUGAUCACCACAGCUAAUGGUUUGUCUACUUUUCCUGACUAGUAGAUCAGAAAGAUUUAUACUGGUAUUUUUUGGUACUUUUUGCCAUGGCAGGUUGAGAGAGGUAAUGGAAUCAAAUAGUGACAACUGGAGCCACAAAUAAUACUGUUAUUGUAAAGAAUAACCACAGUUACUGAGAUUAAAAUCUUCAUAUUGCAGUGUGAUCCAUAUAGGAUCUUAAUAGGAUGGUCUGCAACAGCUCUUUCUUUCUUUUUUCCCUGUUGUAAAAAUGCAUACCCAAUUUCAAUGUUUCACAGAUGGAUGCCUGCUGUAAGGUAAUUUUGUCCCCAUUUAUUUAUUUCAUCUGUGUAAAAUAUUUUCAUCCAGAAUACAAGCUUUCAAUGCCCAUGAAAGCUUAUAGUGUGUGUGUGUGUCUAUAAGCAGUGUGUGUGUGUGUGUGUUACAGCCAGUGAGUGUGUAUAAGCAGUGCCUGUGUGUUAGAGCCAGUGAGUGUGUAUAAGCAGUGCCUGUGUGUUAGAGCCAGUGAGUGUGCAUAAGCAGUGCAUGUAUGUUAGAGCCAGUGAGUGUGUAUAAGCAGUGCGUGUGUGUGUGUAAGAGUGAGUGAGUGUGUGACACAAGGGGGUAAAGAAAAGUAGGAUUGAGACAAAAACAUAAAAAAAGAAUUCCAAACAGGGGAUACAAUCUACAAAAAGGGAAAAUGAGAAAGAAAAAGGUGGCAAGAUGCACAAAAGGGGCAAAAGAAUGGGUAAUAGGGGCAAAAGUGAGAAUAUUAGACAAGUGAAGACAAAUUUUGGGGUCAGCAAAAUGUGUCAUCGCCUAUGUAGACAGAAGUCCUUGCACCGGCCCUGAACACAGCCAAUGUGAGUAUCUCAUAAAUAUUUCAUCUUUAUAAAAUACUAAUUUAUGGGGAGAUCGGGUGGGAGAAAAAAAAAGGGGGGGCGGGCGGGCGGGGUGACAAAGCCAUUUUAGGGGUCAAUAGACACAUUUUCAUGUUGUUUUUUAAUGAUGUUUUUUGGAGGGAAAAAAGUGCUGAAAGGAGAAGUCGAGAAAUAAUCUAUGAAACCGAUACACUUCACUGCCCAGGUAUUUUGAAUGCAGAACAAAUGCACUGUUCCUGUUUUCUCCUUAUGUCUGGUGGCAUCAGUCCAACCCUGGAGAGCAUUAGGUCACUAGGUCAGGCACACACUGAUACAGUACUAGGCUAGGAAAGGCCCAGUACAAUUCCUGCUGACCGCCUCAAUUUUACUAAAAUUAAUUUUGAUAGUGGUCAUUGCCUUUUCCCUCCUACUAUUAUUAAUGGGGACUAGACCACUAUAGUGAUGCUAAAAGGUACUGUUUGGCAUUGAUUUACAUGGCUUUCUUAUUGACACAAUUUUGGAAGUUUAUAUGAGACCGUUUUUAAUAUCACAUUAAUAAAAAGUACAGUUCUUUUUACUUUACUGUUCUCACAACCAUUGGUCUCCUAUAGUCUCUGUUUUUAGGAGCCUUUCACAUUUUUUAUUUUAAAUUUAGGGUUAUACAUUCACCAAGAUGUAGGUCAAAUGCAAAUUGUCCUGUCCUCCAGAAAAUCUAAAUAAUUUGUGCAUCCCAAGCAAUUUUACUCUUUAAAUGCCAAAAGGUGUUUUGGCAAAGAGUGUUAUCAUCAAUUUCAAUCUUAAACAAAUCUUGUACAAUAAACAAAAAAAAAAGGAUGCACUAACUUCUCUAUUCUCCAAAUACCAAUCUCUUUCGGAUCAGCAGCACAUUUCAUAACUCCAAACUGUCCCUAUUUAUUUUCUAUUCUAAUGUCCCUCUUUUGUAGCAGCUCAGUAUUCUUGGUGUUGUCUGAAUUUAUACCAGAACUCCACAGCAAUAAUAUGUCCAGUAAUGUGUCUUUCAACUACAAUAAAUGUGUUUACAAAUCAGUCUAUGUAAAUGAGAUAUGUUUAUUGCACUAAAUUACAUUUACACCUAAAAUUUAUUAGAACAGCCACCCCCCCCCCCCCACUCAUACUCCUAAAAUUAAAGUGUUCCCCUUUGUCUGUUUGAAAUGUUGGGAGGUGAGCACUAGGACUAAUGCACAUGGGGAGGUGUAGUUGUGCCCUGUUUGCUUUUUAAAUCGUUAAUAUAGAACACAUAAGGAGAUAUGUUUUUGUUCUAAAAUGUAAAAUGAUAGGGUCACUAAAGAAAUAUGACUGGUGAUCCCACCGGUUUCCAUGGUGAUAGAUACGCUUUUAGUACUUUAAAUCACUUUCUAGAAAAUAAUACUUUGAUAAAUCUCUCCCAUACAUAGAGAGUUUCCAGCUCUAUCUGUAGAUCCUUGUGUUUAGAAACUGUGUAUUGGAUUACACUUUAUCUAACGUCUCACUUUACUGCAUCGGCACUUGCAAAAGAUGAACCCCAUAGCAGCUUUCCAGGUGUUAUCACAAUAUCCUGAUACUAAUUUUCAUCAUUAGAAGAAUAGAUGGUCAUAGAUGUGGAAACUCUUUCCUAUGCCUCAACUAAGUAAUCUCCUAGUGUGGAGUAAUUGACAGCCAGUGGUUACUUUAGUUGCCUUUAAAGAAACACUAUAGCGACAGGAAUACAAACAUAGGAAAGCAUUGGGAGGCUAUUGUGCAUGCAUGGCAAAACACGUAGAGAUGUAUUAAAUCGAUGCAUCUCUAUGGGGAGCAUUCAUGACCUCCAUGCAGCAUGUCAGUCCUGUAUACUGUGCAGCAUUGCCCCUGAAAGCAACUUCAGUGACCUCCCAGGCCCCCUAUGAUUCAAAUGGAGAGUUCUCCUUUAACUAGAUUUCAAUUUAUUAACGUUCUUAACAGGUGUUUGUCAAUAUUAGGUAUGAGAGAUGAAAAGUUUUCCUCUCACUGUUUCAGAAUUGGAAUGGCUCCAGAGGCUGAUAAUCUGGGUUUAGAUUCUGCAGUAUGUGAAUAGGCAGAUGGGAGUCAGAUCCAAUCGAAUGUAGCGUUUAAAGCAAUCUGUUAUAGUUAGUGUACUAACUUCUGUCUUUUACAGGUAGAAACGCAUAGGUUGUUUUGCUCAUUGGUUGCCCAUAUAUCUUUUGGCUCAGCAUAGGGCUUCUGAACACCCCUACGGUGUUAAUUUGGAUUUUAAGAAAGACAGAAUUUUCUUUAUUCUGGGUUGGUUUAAGGGGUAUGCAAGUAAAUGAUUUAUAUUGGACAGUUCUAAAUAAUGCACAUAGGUUGCCAUGGCCCAAUGUUGUAGUGAUUCUUUUGUGGUGGAAUCUCGGUAAAAAUAAAUUUAGUAGGCCGAGAUUACCACGUGGCAUGUGUACGUGCAUAUGCUGACGUAUCGAUCAGUUGGUUGCACGAGGCAAGAUACGAUCAGUAGUGUAC